AAAAUGUGUACUCUGGAGAAUGCAUCCGAAAAUCAUCUAAUUUUACGCCGAAUUUCAGAAUUAAUGGAAGAAUUAGGCACUAAAGAGUGGACAUUAGAUGAUUUUGAGGUUGGUAGACCGUUGGGUAAAGGUAAAUUCGGUAACGUUUACUUGGCGAGGGAGAUAGCAUCCAAGUUUGUCGUCGCCAUUAAAGUGCUUUACAAAGAGCAGUUGGCCAAGAAUGGCGUUCAACAACAACUUAGACGGGAAAUUGAAAUUCAGUAUCAUUUACGUCAUCCGAAUAUACUGCGACUUUUUGGUUACUUUCAUGACUCAGCACGUGUCUAUUUGAUUUUAGAGUUCGCUUCUCGAGGUUGUCUUUACAGUGAACUUCAAAAGUGUAAAAGAUUCGAACCGAAACGAGCUGCUGCUUAUAUAUGUCAGUUAGCUUCAGCAAUAGAAUACUGUCAUCAAAAAAAAGUGAUGCAUCGGGAUAUCAAACCUGAGAACGUACUGAUUAGUGGACGAGGUGACUUGAAAAUAGCUGAUUUCGGGUGGUCUGUUCAUGGACCUUCAUCAAAAAGGGAUACGGUGUGCGGAACGUUGGAUUAUCUCUCACCCGAAAUGGUGAUGCACAAGAAGCAUGACGCGAGUGUGGAUAAUUGGUCUUUGGGGGUUAUGCUGUAUGAGUUCCUCGUCGGACGUCCGCCUUUUGAGGCCAAAGAACAGCAUGAAACCUUCGCAAAAAUAAUGAACUGUUAUAUAACGUAUCCACCAGCUGUAGCAGUACCUGAUGGUGCUAAAGAUCUCAUUGCCAAGUUGGUACGAAAGGAAGCAUCAGAACGUUUGUCGUUGGUUGAUGUGCUAAUUCAUCCAUGGGUUACCGAAAUUUUAUCGACACAACGACACGCGGAUGGCGAUCGACAAGAUUGA